AGAGACACUUUUGCUGUGGAAGGGAGGAGGAGCUGUAACGGUCGUUCCGGUCGCUUUAUAAGCGCGGUCGGUCGUGGAGCAGUAUGGUCUCAAAGUUUCCCUGGUGGACAGCAUGGUGGGAGGCUGUUCAACAUCUUCUAGAAAGACGCUUGGACAGGCUCAAAAGGAGCAGGAGAAAAUGACCAAGUUCCAGGAGCCUGUGACAUUCAAGGACGUGGCUGUGGUCUUCACAGAGGAGGAGCUGGGGCUGCUGGACCCUUCCCAAAGGAUGUUAUACCAAGACGUGACCCUGGAGAACCUCAGGAACCUGGUCUAUGUGGGACACUGGAACCAAAAUGAGAUAGAUUCUCUUCAGGAAGUUGCAUUAAGUUACCUUUUACAUGAAGAUGUUGUAUGCUGGCAAAUAUGGGACCAACUUCGGAGUAAGUUAACCAGAAAUCAAAACCUGAUAAUAAACCUGCAAGGCAAGAAGUCAGAUUUGCCCAAACAUGGUGAUUCCUCCUGUCAUUUGUGUGCAGGAGAAUCUACUCAGGUUUCAGAAGGUGGGAAAUAUGUAAUAAAGCUUGAAGAGGAAGUUCAAAGUUUCGAUAGUAUGAGAAAAGAAGAGUUCCCCAUGAAGACCAUCCACAAUUGCCAGAAGAAAGUGUAUCUGAGAGAGUCACAGAAUGAUCAGACUAGGUGUCAGCCUGGUAUCCACAGAUGUAAACUGUGCGAGUGUGAGCACUGUGUCAGGAGAAGGACCUCUGGUCUCCACAGUGAUGACCAGGAAGUGCAGGAAGGUAAGACAUCUUAUAGCCACAAGAAUUGUCCGAAAGACUUCAUGAAGCCAUCAUUCCUGCAUAAUGUAAUCCACUCAGAAGAGCACACCUUUUCCAAAAAUGGAAAAGGGUCCAGACUUGGCCCCAGUCUUCAGCUUCAUCAGCAGUUGCACCUGGGAGGAAAACCUCACCUAUGUAGUGAGUUUGGGGAGGGCAAGAGUUAUAGCUCAGAGGUCUACACUCAUCAAAUUGUUCACACAGAAGAGAAAUGCAAAAAGAGUGAUGAGUGUUGUGAGGACCUAAGUCAAAGUUCACAUCAGCAAAUUCAUCAGCGAGUCCACACUGGAGAGAAUCGCUACAAAUGUGCUGUGUGUGGGAAGAACUUCAGACUGAGUUCAAAACUUCAAGCUCAUCAGCGAGUCCACACUGGAGAGAAAAUGAACAAAUGUGCUGAGUGUGGGAAGAGCUUCAGGUGGAGAUCAAAGCUGCAAAUUCAUCAGCGAGUGCACACUGGAGAGAAACCCUACAAAUGUGGUGUGUGUGGGAAGCGUUUCAGUUGGCGUUCAGGACUUAAAGUUCAUCAGCCAGUUCACACUGGAGAGAAACCCUACAGAUGUGCUGUGUGUGGGAAUAGCUUCAGUCGGAGUUCAUAUGCUAAAGUUCAUCGGCGAAUCCACACUGGAGAGAAACCCUACAAGUGUGCUGUGUGUGGGAAGAGCUUCAGUCAGACCUGCGGACUUCACGUUCAUCAGAGAGUCCACACUGGAGAGAAACCCUACAAAUGUGCUGUGUGUGGGAAGAGCUCCAGUUAUAGUUCAUAUCUUCAAGUUCAUCAGCGAGUCCACACUGGAGAGAAACCCUACAAAUGUGCUGUGUGUGGGAAGAGCUUCAGUCAGAAAGCACAUUUUCAUUCUCAUCAGCGAAUUCAUUCUAAAUAAAAACUCUAUGAACGGGCUGUGUGUGGGAAGAGCUUCGAUUGGACCUUAGGUCUUGAAACUCAGGAAAUCCACAUACAGAAAAAUCCUAUAAAUGUGAUAGUCUGGUAAGAGCUUUAGUGAGGUCUUAAGUCUUCAAGGCGAUCAUAGAGUCCAUGCUGAGUAGAAAGUGUACAAAUAUUAUGGUUUUGGUAAGGGCUUUAGUAAAACUUUAUGUUUGCAGGUUCAUCAGAGUGUGCAUAAUAUUGGUAAGACCAUCACUCCUGGUGGGUGUUUGAUAAAAGUGUUCCUCAGAGCUUAGACUUCUACCCUUCAUCAGAAAACCUACACAGCUGAGAUCAUCUAUAGAAUGUUGUGUUAAGAAUUCAGCACAAGCUUAAUUUUCUACAGUCACCUGAAUUCCAUUGUGAAAAAUCUCCUUGCAUGAAUGUGGCCAGUGUUCUGGCUUACUUCAAAAUGUGACAGUUCUUCAGAGGAUGCACAACAGAUAAACCCUAUGAGAGCAAUACUAUGAGUUUGUCAGAACCUUCACAUUCCCCGAAUUCUACACAGGAGGGAGGCUUAAAAGUAAAGACCACCAGGACCUUACCAAAGGUAUAGUGACGGAUUUGACAAAAUCAUCAUGUACGAGAAUGUAAGUUCCAUGGACGCACGAAGUCUUCACUACUGAAUGAACAUGACUGCAAACCAGUGCCUUAGAAAUAGUAGGUACCUAGAAAUGUCUCACUUGAGGGAGAGGAAAAGCUAUGAAAAAUAGGGUAACUAUAUGAAAAUUCUCAUGAGCCUAACUUCAAUUAAUAAUAAUAAAUUGUACUA